CAUAGAACGAGGAACGACGAUGGUAUCGCGAGAACGCAUAGAAGGAGGGAGUAUUAGAAAGUUACAAAAGGUGAAGUCGUCCGCAUCCUCCUUCAUCAUCCAUCCUCUCAGCAACCCGGUUCCCUUACAGCUUCUUCUCAACUCUUCGCUUCAAUUCUACAAUUUCAAGACUCUUAUAAAGUCAGUGACUUUCAAUAUAUUCCUCCAAGAUGCCUUCUUUCACUACCGUUGUCGCCGCCCUCGCCGGCUGCUCUGCCAUCGUUAACGGUGCUGCCCUCCCCGCCAAUGUCCAGAAUGGUCUUACUACCACCACCCUCGAGACCCGGGACAACAUCCUCAGCAAGCGUGAGCCCGUCACUGCUGCUAUUCUGACCGCGGCUGGUACCGCGGCCGUCAGCGCCAUCGUCAGCCAGGCCGUGACCGCCGCUGCCUCCUUCAUCGGUGACAUCGCCAGCUUCGACUCUGGUCGUGAGGCCUUCACCAAGCAGACCACCGACGAGAUGAUGGCCAGGAACCCUGACCCUGAGCGUUUCCAGGCUGCUGCUUGCUACAACAAGGGCUUCUCUGUCGCCGACCCUGCCAAUAUUGACGGGCAGUCUUCGGUCAAGUUCAGUCAGGGAAUCCUCAACACGGACUACGAGUGCAUGUACAUUGCCGCUCCUAACCAGUUCUUCACCGAGGGUGACGGUGGCUUCAUCAACCUUUCUUUCACUCACACUGAUCGAUGCACUUUCGACCAGGAGACCGCGGAUCUCACUUGCAUCUAAGGAAGGCGCUAGGGCGGAAGUAUCAAGGGCAAUAGGUGCAAUUAUGUCCGUCUGGCUCGUGAUGGACACUCGUGAAUGAGGAGAGGGAGGAGGAGGUAUCCGUAGUGACCAGAGAAAGAGCUGUAGUUGAAAAUAC